AUGAAUUCCCAGAGCACUUCUGUUGUUCUUGACCGCAAGUACUGGGAGGGUAACCCUAAUACUUUUUCAGAACAAUUUCUCCCCGAGGACAAUGUGGGCAUCAUCCAGGGUAGCUUGGCCAGCGCUGCCAACUUUGCGGCCACUAUCUAUGCCGAGAGCCUACCAGAUAGACUGCCCAUUCUUGCGUACCUCAACGAGGUUCUCAGCUUCUGCGAGGCGUUUGAAGAGGAAAUGGCCGAGAUGAUGGGGGCAACCAUCGACUUCCCGGUUCCCAAAGACCCCAAGUUCAAUAAUCCAGAGUGGCAGGUAAACUUCAAACAUGUGCUCCCCAAGAUCGCAAAGACGAUCAGCAUGGCAGAUCAGAAUCUCGGGCCCAAGACCAUCCAGGCCAUGAAAGAACUCACUGAAACACCAAAUCUUUCGCCUCGCAUGCCGCACUACAAGACAAUGGAUGACUACCUGGCGGAGCGCAUAGAUGAUAUUGCAUGGCCAUCGGUUUUCGCUUGUGCAGAGUUCGGGGCCAACCUCAACCUGACGGCCGAGCAAAAGGAAUCGGUUGAUGCUGUAUUCCGGCCCUUAUGGAUCCAUUCUUGCUGCAUAUACGACUACUAUACUUGGGAGAAGGAAUUGGGUAUUGCUGCGAGUCAUGGUGAGGGCCGUAACAUCAUCAACGGGAUCGCGCUCCUUGGUCGCCUGGGAGGGUUAUCGGUCAAUGACGCAAAGGAGUGGCUGAGCCGAAAGUGCUUCGAGUGCGAGGAAGAGUACCUCACUCUCAAGAAGGGUUACUUCGCCAAGAACCCAUCCGAAAGCCUCCCCGAGGACAUGCGCAAGUGGUUCGACUGCCAGGAGGCCAUCGCGACAGGGUUCGCAAUCUGGUGUGCCACCACGUACCGUCAUCACCCACCGCACCAAAAGGGUUACUUGGACUACUACGAGAAGAGACUUGGAGAAGGUGCAAUGUGGUUCAAUACUGCUGAGGAUUCAGAAGACCUCGCCCGGUGGUUUCGAAGCAGGGAAUGCACGCUAGACAAUGCUAGGAGCCACAAGCCUGGAUCAUCCGAUGUGUCCUUUUUCAUUAUUAGGUAG